AUGGAGUCCAUGAAGCACACAAUUGCUGAGCUUAGUGAACACUUCAACUCAAAAAUGGCAGAGUUUCAAAAACAACUUCAAACUUCUUCGGCAUCAGCAACAAGCCCAGCUUCUACUAUUGCUACCCAAUUUAGCACUUUUAGAAGUUUCGUUUUGACUGCAUUAGAGGGCCUCCAGAAGCAGCUUGAUGUUCUAUCUAGAAAACAAGAUGAAUUUGAAAUGAGAUCCCGGAAGAAAAUUCUACUAAUCCAUGGUGUUCAAGAAAGUAAGAAUGAAAAAAUGUCCCAAGUUGUUACCAAAAUAAUUUCUGAGAAUUUAGAUAUCCCUCUCAAAGAGGAUGACAUUAGUCAUUGUCACCGCUUAGGGCAUUCUAGAUCUGAUAAACCUAGAGCCGUCCUUGUUAAGUUCAAAAAUUUUUUCUCUUCGGAACAAAAUUUGGUAUUCCAAGUCAGGCCUCAAGAAUUCUGGGAUAACCCUGUCAGAGUUUCUCACCAAGGAACGGCA